GUUCUCCAGUGAUUGUACUGGAGAGUUCAGAGGUGAAAUCCGAGAAAGAGGAGGAGCCGCACACUGAGGGUCAUGUGACCACCAUGAAGUGUGAAUACGACACAUUUACUGAUGAUGGUUCAUCAGUGGCCCCACUAGAGAAUAUAGCGAUGAAGGCAGAGGAACCGGAUACUGCGGAACACGUACUAAAGAUAGAAAGUGUUGGAUCCUUAGCUAACGAUAACGGAUUGAACAUUAUACAUAUGGAGCAGAGGACUCUCAACAUUAGACUGAUAGCUCACAGUCCAAAAGAACUGAGCACUAGUGGGUAUCAGAAAACACUGGAUGUAUCUCAGAAGACUUUUAAAGAUGAUCAUGAACAAGUGGAACUUGAACACCACACGUGUACAGAGUGUGGAAUAAGUUUGCCAUUUAAGUCAUCUCUCUUAAAACAUCAAAUGACUCAUACAGGGGUGAAACCUUACACAUGUUUAGAGUGUGGGAAGAGUUUUGCAAGCAAGUCAUAUCUUCUUAACCACCAAAAUAUACACAAAGGAAUAAAACCUUUCAUAUGUACAGAAUGUGGAAAAAGUUUUACAUACAAGAGAGUUCUCCUAAAGCACAUAAGAAUUCAUACAGGAGAGAAGCCUUUCAAAUGUUCAGAGUGUGGGAAAUGCUUUACACAAGAGGAUACUCUUACAUCUCAUAAAAGGACCCACACUGGGGAGAAGCCCUUUGCAUGCAAAGAGUGUGGGAAAUGUUUCACACAAAAAAGUAGUCUUAUAGUUCAUGAAAGAAUCCACAGAGGGGAGAAACUAUUCAGUUGUGUUGAAUGUGGUAAACGUUAUUCAUACAAGUCAGAUCUCGUAAAGCACCACAGGAUUCAUACAGGAGAGAAGCUGUUUACAUGUACAGAGUGUGGGAAAUGUUUCACGGAUAAGCGUACUCUCACAUUUCAUGAAAGGACUCACACAGGUGAAAAACUAUUCACAUGUACAGAAUGUGGCAAAUGUUUUACACAAGAGAGUACUCUUACAGCUCAUAAAAGGACCCACACCGGGGAGAAGCCUUUUACAUGCAAAGAAUGUGGGAAAUUUUUCACACAAAAAGGUAGUCUUACUGUUCAUGAAAGAAUACACAGAGGGAAGAAACUAUUCAGUUGUGUUGAAUGUGGUAAACGUUAUUCAUACAAGCCAAAUCUCGUAAUGCAUCAGAGGGUUCAUACAGGAGAGAAGCUCUUUACAUGUGCAGAGUGUGGGAAAUGUUUUACGCAUAAGAGCAAUCUCACAUGUCAUGAACGGAGUCACACAGGUGAAAAGCCAUUCACAUGUUUAGAUUGUGGGAAAUGCUUUACACAAAAAAGUCAUCUCAUAUAUCAUGAAAAGACCCACAGAGGGAAGUAGCUCUUCACAUGACCACAGUGUGGCACAUUCUUUGUUCUAAAAGUCAGUUUUCCAUAACCACUAAAAUAUUCACACAGGGUAAAACCUUUUUACAUUUGCAAAGUCUAAAAAAAAUGUUAGGACCAAAAGUCAGACCUUAGCCGAGGUGGUAUGGAAAAGCUUUUUACAAAAACAUAUCUCUUAAUGUACACAGAUCUCUAAAGGUAAAACUUUUCAUGUGUAAAGACUGUUACAGAUAUUUUGUUACAAAAUAUUAAUCUUUUUGAAAAUUAAGCAAUUUGCUACAGAGGGCUCUGGAAUGCGGUCCUCCAUGAUAUAUAUAUAUAUAUAUAUAUAUAUAUA